UCAACUUACAAAAACAAUCACCAUGAGGCUGGUUCUUCCCAACCGGGACCUUGAAGAGAGGAUCCCCUCUCAUGAGGACCUCGAGAGGAUGGAGAAAGAGACGGCUGUAGACAGGCCCAAGUGGGACAACAAAACCCAGUAUCUGCUCACCUGUGUGGGCUUCUGUGUAGGACUUGGUAACGUCUGGAGGUUCCCUUACCUGUGUCAGAGCCAUGGAGGAGGCGCCUUUAUCAUCCCAUUUAUCAUCCUGCUCGUCCUGGAGGGUGUUCCACUGUUGCACUUGGAGUUUGCCAUCGGCCAACGUCUUAGAAAGGGCAGUGUGGGGGCCUGGGCUGCAAUUCACCCUUACUUGACUGGAGUUGGUAUUGCAUCCAUGACAGUGUCAUUCUUGGUCGGGAUGUACUACAACACCAUCAUCGCGUGGGUGAUGUGGUACUUCUUCAACUCUUUCCAGGACCCCCUGCCAUGGAGCCGGUGUCCUCUCAAUGAAAACCUCACAGGUCUCGUGUCAGAAUGUGAACGCAGCACUCCAGUGGACUACUUCUGGUACAGAAAGACACUGAACACCUCAGGGGCUAUAGAUGAGAGCGGAGGUCUGCAGUGGUGGAUUGUGAUCAGUUUGGUUACUGCUUGGAGUGUGCUCUACAUCUGCUGCAUCAGAGGGAUUGAGACCACAGGAAAGGCUGUGUACAUCACCUCCACUCUGCCUUACGUGGUCCUUACAAUCUUCCUCAUCAGAGGACUGACUCUAAAAGGAUCUGUAGAUGGAAUCAAGUUCCUCUUCACACCAGAUCUGGAUGAGUUGGUGAACCCAUCAACAUGGUUAGAUGCAGGAGCUCAAGUAUUCUACUCAUUCUCGCUGGCCUUCGGAGGUCUCAUCUCUUUCUCCAGCUAUAACCCUAUUCAUAACAAUUGUGAGCAAGAUGCUGUCAUCAUAGCCCUGGUCAAUGGCUUUACUUCUAUCUAUGCUGCCACUGUUAUAUACUCCAUCAUUGGCUUCCGUGCAACAGAGCAGUUUGAUGCCUGCAUCAACGGAAACAUCAUGAUGCUGCUGAACGGAUUUGAUCUAGCUGAGGGGACCAUCACAGAUACCAACUAUGAUGAAAUGCUGCAAAACCUCAACAGCACAGUCUCAGGGUCAGAGGUCAUUGAAAGGCUGUCCCUAAGUGACUGCGAGCUGAGGACUUUUCUCAGUGAAGGAGUAGAGGGAACAGGUCUGGCCUUUAUUGUGUUCACAGAGGCCAUCACGAAGAUGCCUUUUUCUCCUCUCUGGUCCGUUCUCUUUUUCAUCAUGCUCUUCUGCCUCGGGCUCUCCACCAUGUUUGGAUCUAUAGAGGGAGUCGUGGUUCCUUUGCAGGACCUGGAGAUCUUUCCUAAGAAGUUUCCUAAAGAAGCAUUGACAGGAAUUGUAUGCUUUGUAUCCUUCUUGAUCGCCCUCAUAUUCGCUCUGCAGUCUGGUAACUACUGGUUAGCACUCUUUGACAGCUACGCAGGCUCCAUCCCUCUGCUCAUUAUUGCUUUCUGUGAGAUGACGGGUGUGGUCUACCUGUAUGGAAUAGACAGGUUUAACAGAGAUAUUGAGUUCAUGAUUGGACACAAACCCAACAUCUUCUGGCAGGCCACAUGGAGAGUGAUCAGCCCUUUGAUUGUCUUGGUCAUCUUUGUGUUUUACUUAGUCACCCAAGUCAACGCAAAACUCACAUACAUCACUUGGAAUCCAAGCUCGGUGAACUUUCCAGUGUUGGAGAUUUUGUCCUAUCCCAGCUGGGUCUACGUUAUUAUCUUCAUCCUGGCGGGAAUUCCCAGUCUUUUGAUCCCGGGGGUUGCUUUGUAUAAAUUAUUCCAAAGAUACUGCUGCAAAAAAACAUCUUUGAACAUGGAAUAAACUUUAUCUGCAACAAAGUACUAAAAUGGAAACUGCAUUUCGUCGGAGGAUGCUGCAUGAUGGGUUUUGAAUCACAAUUUUCUAUUUUUAAAAAAAAGCA